UGUUAGUUUAGAUCUUUCUUCCUUUUUUUGUUAUUGUUUUUAUCUCCUGGGGUUGGGGGGAGGUCCUUUGUAUAAGCCUAUGGCUUCUUGCCCCCUCCUGACCCAUUUCUUGUUUUUUUUCAUGACUGGAUUUUGUGCAGUUUUAUAUAUGUGCAAAUAAAUAAAUACAAAAUAAAUAACUAUUGUAUUGAACUUUCCAAGUAAAGUAUGGAGGAAAAAAGUUGACCAACACAUUUUUUUUUUGCUCGGUGUUGGAGAGGAAAACAGAGUGAGGAGACGGACAGAGAGAGAAAAAGGGGUGUAACCUAUUAUCAGGCCUAUACAAUACAACACAGGACAGGUCGUAGGUGGGACCAGUCCGCUCCUCUCCGGACUCCACUCCGGGUUUUCCGUGUUUCCGUCAGCGGGCUCCUCACAGCCUCUAGCUGGUUUUUACUCAACUCCUGUCCUGAUAUCACUCCGCUGGCAUGGUGGAGAAGCGGACCUGAUUAUUGUGAUGGUGGCAGGCGGCAGCCAGUGACUACAGACUUCCGCCACCGCUUUCCCAUAUCCGCGUUUUUACGCCGUCUGGGCUGCGACUCUCGUUGCCUCACAACCGGGACUACCGAGGGCUGCUCUUUCUCCCCCCCCACAACUCAACAACAUCUUCACCGGGAUUUCUUUCAAACCAAAACCAUAUGAGAUGCAAGUUCACUGGGAAACUCCGGAGCCCGUCUGGUUCAGGCAGCAAAACUUUUUCUCAAAGGACAACACCGUGAAAACAGUGAGGCGAGAGGACUGUUGCUGCUGCCGCCGCCGCUGCUGCUGCUCCGCGGGACGGUUUGUGUGUAUAUGACCGUAGAGAGAGCCUGAUAACGUUCACACCUUACCGGGUAUUGUUGUGUUGUUUUUUCUUCCAGUGGAGUUUGUUUCUAGCAGCGUGGCAGCAGCUUUAUAUAGUUGAACUGUGUCCGGAGCUUUGCUCUCGUUACCCCGGGUUAGGGUUAUUUGUGUUGCCGGGAAACAGUUCCUAAGAGACGGUCACUCGCGAGCCCUUAACCGUUUGACUGCUCGCCUCUGAAGCCCUUUAAACCGCCCGGUUGUUGCUCGCUUCGGCGGCUGUUUGUCGGUGAACCUUCCGUCCGCUGUCCGGCUACUUGGGACCCGUCACCCGGGAGAGGACACUCGGUGGUGGAGGUGGAGGAGGAGGAGGUGGCCGGAGGAGGAGGUGGCGGUGGUGGCGGUGAGCUUGACGGGGGAGAAAAGUUCUUCCAACAUCGCAGCCAGUCGGCCUAGUGAUGGGGGACUUCGCCUCCCCCGCUGCCGGACCCAACGGCAGCAUCUGCAUCAACAACAGCGGCAUGAACCCGGCCGCCGUGGUGCCCGGCGGGGGCAUACCUAAGCACAGCACGGUGGUGGAGCGGCUGAGGCAGCGGAUAGAGGGCUGCCGGAGACACCACGUCAACUGCGAGAACCGGUACCAGCAGGCGCACGCCGAGCAGCUGGAGAUCGAGCGGAGGGAGACGGUCAGCCUGUACCAGCGGAGUCUGGAGCAGAGGGCCAAGAAGUCGGCCGGUGGCGGCGGAGGCAGCAGCAAGCAGCCGCAGAGCAAGCAGCAGGACCCGGACUCUGCCUCCUCCACGGAACAGAGGAAUAACACGCUCAUAGCGCUCCAGGAGACUGUAAAGAGGAAACUGGACAGUGCACGAUCGCCCCUCAAUGGAGAACAGAACGGCAUCUGUGAUGGAGGCAGCUACUCGCCGACUACCAAACGGGUACGGAAGGAUGGCUCCGGUGGUUUGGACUCGUUAACGGGUCUCCCUAACAACAACAAUAACAACAAUGUACCACCCAUCUCGCCACUGCAUCACCAAAUGGACAUUAAGCCCUUACUUGGCGGGCCCAACACUUCCACCGGAAACAACACUACAAACAGCAAUGGUAACCACGUAGGCCAGGCGUCAGAUGAGCUGGGAAAGAACGGUGGCAACCAUCUUCCGGACAUGAAGCUGAAUGGCUCGCUGGACCUGGAGGACAGCUUCGGCCUCCUCAAGGACCUGAAACAGGAGCCGCUGGACGAUGGGGGUGGGAUGGAGUCUUCCGAUCCCCAGUCUCUGUCCAAUCAGAACAAACUGUUCUCUGACAUCAACCUCAAUGACCAAGAGUGGCAGGAGCUGAUCGAUGAGCUGGCCAACACUGUGCCAGAGGACGAUAUGCACGACCUCUUCAAUGAGGACUUUGAGGACAAGAAAGAGGCAGAGUUUGGCAGGCCGGCAAACAAUCAGACACCAGGCCCACAAGAAGCAGCUGGGAACACGACGGCACCGCCAGCAGCAGCCCUGCCUCCUCCUCCUCAGCCUCCACAGGGAGGCCCGCAGGUUCCCAUGGGCUCUCCACAGGUCCGACCGUCUUCGUCAGGCCCUCAGUUUGCCACCACUGCCAAUGGAACGCCUCCUCAGCAACCUUUGCAGCAGUCGCCGGCCGUCGCCAUGGCAUCAGGUUCCCCGUUGCACAACUGCGUGGCUCGCUCCCCUCAGACCCCGACCCAGGCUCAGACACAAGCAGUCUCUAGGCCCGGGAAUGGAUACAUGAUCAACCCAGGCCCGGGGGUCAGUCAGGCGGGCACAGGACCCGGAGCGGUUGGAGUACCCCCCGGAGGUCAGCCUGUAGGGCCAGUGACACAGGAACUUUCUCCAGCCGAGCAGCUAAAAGCAAUGGCUCAGCAACGUGCUAAACUGCUGCAGCAGAAGCAGCAGCAGCAGCAGCAGCAAGCAGCUAACUGGUCCCCGGCGGGCGCUCCAACCAGUCCCUAUAACUCUGGUCCCUUUAACCAAGACAAACCCAACAGCCCCAUGAUGUACCCACCGCAAGCCUUUAACGCUCCACAGGGCCCUCUAGUGGCUGGGAUGGCCCCCAACAAUGGGCCCAAAGCCCCCAUGAACAACUACCUCCCUCACAACCACAUGGGCAUGAUGGGCCAGCAGCAGCCAAACAGCAUCAACCAGAACACCCUGUCCAAACAACAGCAGCAACAGCAGCAGCAAACGGCAGCCAUGUUGUCCUAUAACAACACCAAACCGCUGAGUCACUUCAGCGGCAGCGGGGUCGAUCACUUAGGCCAGAGGAUGACUCCUCCAAUGGGAGGGAACGGUCAGGUCAAGAACCCCAUGAUGCCUCCCUACAUGGGUGGCGGGGGAGGCGGCGGCCAGGGCGUGGGGCCAGGCCAGACCCAGGGGCCGAUCCCGGGACAGACGGCCCACCUGAGUGAGGAGCAGAAGAGGAUGUUGCUGAUGAAACAGAAAGUGUUGAACCAGAACAUGCCCUACAGCACCAUGCAGCCUCAUGGACAGGAACAAGGUGUGGUGGGAAUGUCACGACCACCGGGCGCCAUCCCGCCUCCUCACCCUGCCGGGGGCGUGGCCUCAGGGGUGGGGCCCAACCAGGGGUCAGGACCACCUCCAGGCUACGUGGGCAACCAGCAGCAGGCAGCCAUGAUGAAGCAGAUGAUGGCGAUGGAGCAGGAGAAGAGGGUGCAGAUGCAAUUGAUAGAGCAGCAGAAACAGCAGCUCUUCAGAGAGCAGAGACAACAGCAGCAGCAGCAACUACUGGCCGAGCAGCUCCAACAGCAGCAGCAUCUCCCCAGACAGAUGGGCCAAGGCCAGAGGAAUCCAUACCCCCAAGUCAAUCAGUACCACGGUCCUCCUCAGGAUCUGGCAUCCAGAAGCCAGGCUCUCCAGAACAUCCGGGCUGCCCGUCUCCUACAGCAGCAGCAGCAGAACCAGCAGCAGAUGGUCCAGAUGAGUUCUGUUCAGGGCCAGGGGGGCUCCGUGGGACCCCCAUCCGACAUGGGCUUAUCCUACGGCAACCAGGGGUCCAACCAAGGUUCCCUGUACGGGCUCAAUCCCUCCAUGAGCCAAAUGAUCCACCAGCAGCAGCACCAGAGCCAAAGUGUCCAAGCCUCCAUGGGUCUUCCACCGCAGCACAACCCCGCCGGAGGGCCGCCCCGGCAGGCAGGUGCAGGUCCUGGGGUCGGAGGUAUGCCCGGAGGCCCUGGAGGUGGUGGAGCUGGAGGGUAUGGAGGACAGGGGAUGUUAAUGAACUCCAUGACUCAGCAACCCCUCAAAGGCCCUCCGAAAGCCCAAGCACAGAGACUGCAAAGCAUGCUGGGAGCAGGAGGAGGAGGCGGGGGAAUGGCAGCGGGUGGCUGGCCGCAGCAGCAAGGACAGAGUCUGCAGGCUAUGGGGGGAGGAGUCGUAAGGACUACAGGAGGAGCUGGAGGGGACAUGGUUGGGUUCAGCUCCGCCCAGGGUUACGGGAUGCAGCCGGGUCAACCUCCGCGCAUGGCCAAGCAACACUUUCAGGGUCCGGGUCAGGGGAUGAGCCAGGGAAUGGACCCCCGAGUGGGCAACCCGGCAGCCGGUAUGGGCGGCCCAAUGAUGGGCCCUCACAUGGGCGGUCAGCCCAGGACCAACCAGCCCCGGCCCAUGGUCAUGAACCAGGGGAUGAACCAGGGGGUGAUGGGCCAGGGGAUGAGUGGGAUGGGGGGAUUCGGGCAGGGCCCUGGGGGGCCCGGGUUAGGGUCAGGUGGAGGAGGAGGUGGACCCUACGGACCAGGGGGAGUCGGGGUUGGAGGUCAGCCUCCGGGCUACCAGAGGACAGCCAAUCAGGACAUGUCAUCCUAUGGAUAUGGGGGCGGGCCCUCAGGGGGAGGAGCCUUCGGAUUGGGCGAUGGCUCAGGGGCGGAGCUGGACUCGAGCGACGGUUGGAUGGAGGAGUUUUUCCCGAGCCAAUAGCCAACGGGGAAACUGGAGAUGAGUUUUUACUGGAUGAACUAAAACAUUAAAAGUAGGACAAAACCUGAGAAAGUAAAACAAAAAGGACGACAUGAUGUGGACUGGCAUGUUUUUGUUUUGUAAAACAUGGGCAAGGUUAUACGUAAAUGAGUUCUUGUGCUAUGUUUUGUGUGUGUGUGCGUGUGUGCGUGUAUGCGUGUGCGUAUGAGAUGGAGAGAGCGAUCAUAAUGUCUCGUGCAUAUUAAUGAAAAACCAAUAUUGAGAUUAAGAGGUGUGUUUCAUUAGUUUCCCUUUUUUCUCCACCGAAUGAAUUUUUUCUCAUGUUCCAGUGUUUGAAAGCGAGCCCCGUUUACACAGCAGCGCUUUGAGCCCGAGCUUCAGCAGGGGCUGAUUGAACACCGCAGACUGAUGAAGGGGAAGGAAGACUUGUUCUCAAGACAGCAAUUUAUUUGUGUUUGUGUGUUUGUGCCACCCAGCUCAGUGCUUCAGAUCUCUCAACUAUGUGAGGAGCUGAAGGGAGUAGAAAGCACUCUCAGCGCUCCCAUUUCCUCUCUUAGAUUUGUGCCCCCCCAUAUAUACGCACACACACACACACACACACACACACACACACACACAAAUCUGUCGCCUUGGCACUCUCUCACUUUGUUCUCUUCACUUGAUCUCUCUCUCCCUCUCAUCCUCCUUCCCUCUCUCUCUCCUCCCGUCUUUCCCACCCUCUCUCCAGAGACCUCUCGACACUCCUUUCUCUGUUUAAAUCCCGAACAUCACAACAGAACAAAUGAUGUUCCUCUAUUGUGCCACACAAGCGCACUCUGCCCUCUAGUGCUUUUGCUAGGCAACCGACCCGGGUGGCGUUUUUUUUUUGGGGGGGUGGGGGGGGGGGUUUCAUUUCCUGUGCGUGGCUGUGGAUGACGGAUGCCGAGGAAGACAAAGAGAGUGAAAAGCAGAGAAAGAGGGAGAGAAUAGGCAGCUAAAGCAAGCACUUGGACUCAAAAGCUCAUGCACACACACACAUAUACAAACAGACAAACAAGCAUCAGCCUGGGAGGAUGAGCGGACGUGUGAGAGGCAGCUAACGGAGCUAAUAUUACAUUAAACCCUCUGCCUGCGUGACACAAAACACAUCACAUGCAUCAGGCUGACACAAACGAUCGCUGGGCACUGAAUGUAUUCAAGCACCACAAGUGACUUCUUCUUUUUAAGGGAAAAAAAAAAAAAGAGCUCAUUGAAAGCCCACCCACAUUUUGUUUGUUGCCGUGUUUAAUCUCUAACAAUGAUGCUGGUUGUGUCUUUUGUCGAUUUAAAAAGUUUUAAAAAAGAAAAAGAAAAAAAAGUUAGCCUUCUUUUAGUUUGUGUUGUCUUUUGAAAAUCUGUUUGUCCUCCCGUCGCAGCACAGCCUUCCCUUCCAUUGUGACACCGCUGGUUGUCAAUCACCGUGGCCCUGCUUUACAUCGUGGCUUCUCUCUCGUACCGCAGCUGUAAAACGCCCUCGCUCCAAAACUAGAACGUAACUGUGCUAUACUGUAACACUACUGUGAAGAAAUACGAGUUGUCUCCCUUCCAGCGCUUUACUAGGAAAAUGAACCACUGCUAAGCCUUGAGUUUGUUUCGUAGACGGUAGAGGAACUUCGGAAAGCUGAUUGGGCCUAAAGGGUGACGACGGUUAGCGCCAGUUAGCAUCGAAACAAUCAGUGCUUCCACUGAAGUCUGUGUCUCAUCCUUCUCUGAGCUUAUUUCAGCAAACUGUAGGCUUUACUCCAGGCCUUUUCGUUCAUCAUCAACAAAGCUGUCCACUCUUUUAGCCCCGAUGGUUGAGUAAUAAAUAUGUGUCGAAUAGGUUUUAAUACAGUAGUCGUCGGUAAGAUAACACCUUACUUCUCUAACUGUUUUGUAAUCUCAGUUAACAGAUGAAUGAAAGCGUGUUUGUACUUGCAUUACUUUGUAUUUAGCUCAUCAGAGUGAAAGUUUGGAGGACGAUGCUGUAAUCAACAAACCAAAAAGCCUUCUUCUCUGUAAACUAACUCCUCGCCAUCAACACAUUUGUUCUCAUGGUCGUUGAUGUUGUAUAAUCCAACCCUUUAAAUACAAAACUUUAACCGCCACGCCCAUCGUCCUGUAAGCGUCGCUGCGUUCGGUAGCACUCACGAAUGAGGUUCUGUACUUUGAUUUUGUCAUGUUUGGGGAGCCUCCGUCUCACUGUGUGGAGUCUGAAGGUCAACGGUUUCAUCAAGGGGGGAGAUGGUGAACUAAGUAAAAACCCUGUGUCGGUGUCUCGAUAAACUCUUGGAUUGUUUGAGCCUUCCUCACGCAGGAAAUGCAGCGGAGCACUCACCGCUUCGAUUGCUCCACUGCUCAUGCUUCCAAAACUUUAAUACCGCUCCAGUGCUCCAGGCAGGCUCCAAUACAAUGUCAGUGUCAGACCAGUGAAAUGGAGGCGGUGUGUAGGAAAACACCUGAGGUUUACCACUCCAAACUGGAGGCAGGAAGGUAGAGAAACACUUCUGGGUCAGUGUUAAGUUCACAGACUGUGUGACCUUUUUGUCUUCUUCAAAGUAAGGGUUCAUGAUAUGGUUUGAAAUCCCUUCAGGAAGAGAAAGGAAGCUUCCUCCAAAUAUCAUUAUGUACCGGGACCAAGUCUGUAGACAACAUUUUAACAAAAAUUGUUGUUGUUGAUGUUUUAUUUUAUUUGUUUUUUUUUACUGGUGCUGACAUAUAUGUGAUUAUGAGAAAAAGUAUAUAAAAGAUAAUGGCUAUUUGUAAAUAUGUUUUUACAGGUUUAAAUACAUCAGAUAAUACAGUCUCUACUCUGUAAAGAAUUUACUGUUUGUUGGAAAAUAGAGAAGUAUUUUUAUUUUGAAGUUUUUUGGUUUCACGUUUAACCCAUCUGAGCUAUGCCAUUGCACUUCAGACAAUGUCUUACUACUAAUUUGUAUUGUAAACCUCCUCUCUUUUUUUCAUUUUUUUUUUUUCUAGUUUGAGAUUUGACUCUGUUCUUAAGCAGUGCUUAUUUCUUUUUAUCCUGUACAGAAUUCUGAAAUGUUAACAAAAGAGAAUUACAAAAGACUUUUUUUUUUUUGUUUGUUUUUCAAAAAGAUACAAUAAAGAGAGAAUGUUCUCGCUGAUCAUAUUAAA